CAGUUUUUGUAGGGGCAGGCAUUAAAUUAAAACUGACUAAAUAUUUGAAACAAAAAAACAUCGGUGUGAGCAUUAAAAUUUAAUUCGAGGUAUUAGACGGAGGGCCAGGGAGAAGGAGAUUUUUCAAAAGAUCACUUCAAUUAUAUUCUACUGUCAGGUCAUACAGACAGUUUUAACUUGAUUAAAAAGUGUGCUUGAAAAAAAAAGGAAAGUCUCCCUUUAAGACUGUGGAAAUAUUAGUAGGCGAGUGUGAAUUGGGGGUGGGGGGGAGCACGUCUACUGAAAAAAAAUAGAAAAGCAGUUUUAUGUACAUCGCUGAAACAAUAAAUGAUAAUAGUUUGGCGACGAUCCCUGACGCUUGACUGGCUCCGCCCACUAGAAGGUUGGAGGGAGAUGGACAGGGAGGGAGACACCGGUUUACGACGUCAAAGGAGUACACACACUGAACAAACGCUCAAGAGAGUCGCGCAGGAGAACCAACAGACUGCCACUUCCCUGCGGUCAACUGAAGGAAGCAGAAGUAUUCGUGCCAGCAUAUUCAAGGUGCAACAUUUUAUUUUGGUCUUACAUUUCACUCACAAGGGAAGGAAAAGACAUUUCGGGAGCAUCUCGUAAAGGAGGGAAAAACCAGCUCGAAAAGGAGGGGGGACUUGCUGAUUCCCGAAUGAAGGGUGGUCUUUAACGUUGUUUAAACUGGUUUAGAAAAAUAUCAACGAGCACUAGUCGUCAAAUGAAUUGAAUCGUUGAGACUGAAGUCCGAGGCGCAAGAUAGGAAGAGGUCCGCUGUUUUCAUCGAUUCUUUGCCAAGAGCAGCACCACAGACUCUCAAUGAAGGAGCCUGAUGCAAUCAAGCUCUUCAUUGGGCAAAUACCCCGAAACCUAGAGGAAAAGGACCUGAAGCCCAUCUUUGAGCAAUUUGGCAAGAUUUACGAGCUGACGGUGAUAAAAGACAAAUACACAGGGAUGCACAAAGGAUGCGCCUUCCUGACGUACUGCGCACGUGAGUCAGCCCUCAAAGCCCAGAAUGCACUGCACGAGCAGAAGACACUGCCAGGGAUGAACCGUCCUAUCCAGGUGAAGCCAGCAGACAGUGAAAGCAGAGGGGACAGGAAGCUGUUUGUGGGCAUGCUGGGAAAGCAGCAGACUGACCCUGACGUGAGAAAGAUGUUUGAACCCUUUGGCAGCAUCGAAGAGUGCACAGUGCUCCGUGGGCCCGACGGUACCAGCAAAGGGUGUGCAUUUGUAAAGUUCCAGAACAAUGUCGAGGCCCAGGCUGCUAUCAAUGCUCUGCAUGGGAGUCGUACUCUACCAGGAGCGUCAUCCAGUCUGGUCGUUAAGUUUGCCGAUUCGGAGAAGGAGCGGGGGCUUCGACGAAUGCAGCAGGUGGCAUCUCAGCUGGGAGUCAUCAGUCCCAUGACCCUGCACCUCGGAGCCUAUAACGCCUACACGCAAGCUUUAAUGCAGCAGCAGGCCCUGGUAGCCCAGUCAGCCUACCUCUCUCCUGUUGCCACGGUGGCGGCCGUUCAGAUGCAACAGCUGGCUGCCCUCAACCCCAGCAGCAUCAUCGCCACGCCAAUCGCGUCCAUCACCCCCUCCUCAGGUACCAGCACUCCACCCUCCAUCACUGCCACACCUGUUCCUCCUCUGCCUCCACCAAUUGCAGUGAGCACCUACCCCUCUGUGGCAGCACCACCCAACGGCCAAUCAGCAACUGAGACCCUGUACACCAACGGGGUCCAUGCCUAUCAAGCUCAGAGUCCUGUGCUGGACCCCCUGCAGCAAGCUUACACAGGCAUGCAGCACUACACAGCCACCUAUCCUGCUGCCUACAGCCUGGUGGGGCAGCCGUUCACCCACCAGCCUACUUUGGUAGCUCAGCAACCACAGCAGCUACAACAACGCGAAGGUCCUGAGGGUUGCAAUAUCUUCAUCUACCACCUGCCACAAGAGUUCACGGACUCGGAGAUCCUGCAGAUGUUUUUGCCCUUUGGAAAUGUCAUCUCAGCCAAGGUCUUUGUUGACCGCGCCACGAACCAAAGCAAAUGCUUCGGUUUUGUGAGUUUUGACAACCCAUCCAGUGCUCAGACUGCCAUCCAGGCUAUGAAUGGGUUCCAAAUAGGCAUGAAGAGACUGAAAGUGCAGCUGAAGAGGCCCAAGGAUGCCAACAGACCUUACUGAAGGAGGACAAUUUAGGAGUUCAAUCAAGAAAACCACCUCGGGAUGUCCCAGCCUUGUUUGGUUGUUUUACCAGCCAUAAUAGCACAUAGGAGCAACACAACACACACACACACACACACACACACACACACACACACACACACAAACAAACA